UCAUGCCAAAAUAAAAUAGACAGUUCAUUUUGCGCAAAUAUUUGAUAGGACAUUUUAUUUGAGCCUCGUUCCAGUUCACACUCCACACCGGCUGGUGGCGGUAACGCACACCUUUAGUUUCUUUUUUUCGCUUUUUGCAAACUGCUGUAAAACGAAGAAGAAUAACAGGAAACAGAAGAGUGGUGUGUGCUUAUCAUUGGGAUAAGAUCGGACCCAUCCAGAACCCGAGCAGAGCGGGUGGAACACCGAACCGGAGCUUGGACCGUAAAGUGUGAUCAAUGAAGCCGAGCAGCUGAAGCUGAUCGCCGCUGCUUCCUUCAGAUAAAGAGGCUCCUUUCCCCCCCCCCAGAGACCGAACCAGCACCUUCCAGGAGCCGCUGAGGACAAAAAGAGAGACUAGGAUCCUGCUCGAUGUGCCACAACAUCAUGUCAACAUCAGUUCUAGACCAGAGGAAAUCAGAAUCUCUAAAAACCAAAGUGACAGCAGAAGAACCAAAACCUACUAGAGUUAAAGAGGAGUAUGGAUCAGAGCCUCUGCAGAUUGUAAAGAAAGAAGACUACAUAGUACUGAAGCAAGAGACAGACAACUUAAUGAUACCAGUUUCUGGAUCUCUUGAAAUCAAAGAAGAACCAGAAGAACUAGAGCUUAACCAAAUGAGGGAAUACUAUCAUAAAUCAGAACCUCAGCGGAUGGUAAAGAUUGAGGUUGAAGACAUAAUUCAGGAUGAAAACCAGGAUGAACUGAAGCAGGAGACUGAUACAUUAAUGGGGACAGGUUCUAGAUCUCUUGAAAUCAAAGAGGAACCAAAAGAACUAGAACCUAAACAAGUGAAGGAAGAGGGGCAUGGAUCAGGACAUCAGGCGAUGACGAAGAUUGAGGCUGAUGGUAUCAGUCAGGAUGUUCUGAAUCAGAAGACUGAUACAAUAAUCCUGAAAGCUUCUGAUGAUGAAACGGACAACCGAAAGCCCAAACUAAAUGGAAACCAAAUCCUCUUUCAGAUUUUCUCUAAAGCUGAGCAUCCUGAGGAAAUAAAAACUCGGGAUGCCUCAGAAUCUAGCAGAGAUGAACAGCGAGAGAAGAGAAUUCUGAAAAUCAGAAGUCAACGUAAUAAUGUUGGGAUGAAGAACAAGAAGAACAAGAAAAUUCACGCAGUUGAAAAAUCUAAAUGUUGUGAAAUCUGUAGUAAAAGUUUUAAAUUUGCUUUUAAUUUAACAGUUCACAUGAGAACUCAUACAGGUGAGAGGCCUUUCUCAUGUGGAACCUGUAGGAAGGGUUUUAGUCAAAAAACCCAUUUGGAAAGGCACAUGGGAACUCACACAGGAGUGAAGCAUUUCUCAUGUAUAACCUGUGGAAAAGGUUUCAGUCACAAGCGUUAUUUAGAUAACCACAUGAGAACUCAUACAGGAGAGAAGCCUUUCUCUUGUAUAACCUGUGGAAAGGAUUUCAGUCUCAAAAGUCAUUUGAAUAGACACCUGAGCACGCAUACAGGAGAGAAGCCUUUCUCAUGUAUAACCUGUGGAAAAAGUUUCCGUCACAAAACUUAUUUAAAGAGCCACACAAUAACUCAUACAGGAAAGAAGCCUUUCUCUUGUAUAACCUGUGGAAAAAAAUUCAGUCACAAAAGUCAUUUGAAUCGACACAUAAGAGUUCACAUGGCAGAUAAACCUUUCUUAUGUAUAACCUGUGGAAAAGGUUAUAAUAUAAAGAGCAGUUUGAAAAGGCACAUGGGAAUCCAUGCAGCAGAGAAACCUUUCUCCUGUAUAACCUGUGGGAAAGGUUUCAAUUUAAAGAGUAGUUUGAAAAGGCACAUGAGUAUUCAUACAGCAGAGAAACCAUUCUCAUGUAUAACCUGCGGAAAAGGUUUCAAUGAAAAAAGUAAUUUGACUAGCCACAUGAGAAUGCAUAUGUAGGGAAACCGUUCUCAUGUAUUACCUGCAUUAAAUGUUUCAAUCAAAAGAGCUGUUUGCUGUCUGAUCUCUCAUGUGAUUAUUCAAAGUAUUUCUCCAGUAUAACAUCUGGAAAAGGUUUAGAUGAUAAAAGUGGUUUGAAUUACAACAUUAGAAAACAAAAUCGAAACCUUUCCCAUGUCAUACUUGUGGUAAAGGUGUCCAUAGUAGCUGUAAUUUUCCUUCUGUUUCUGUACUUUUGCUCUGUUUUUCUGAAAACAUUUUGUACCAGCUAACACUGAGUUUACUCAAAUGUGAGAAUUCCAAGAAUAACGUGCUGCUCUGUCUUGACGGCUGUGCACAUUAAUGAAGAUGCUUUCCUCAAUAAUAAGGUUUACCGAAACCUACAGACACAGAUCAGUAUAUACAUUUUUAUUCACAUCACUCACUCAAACACAAACUGUUUAUCAGAACUCUGUGUUAUCGGACAGACAACAUUCCCUUUGUUACAACAGAGAAACAAAAAUACGCAGGCACAUAAGGAAAAAUCUUCAAGCAUGUGGUUUUCCUAACUGGGUGUUUAAGUCAGCCAAGAAAACUGGCAAAAAAAAACAACAGUGUCUAACACAAGAGAGAACGCAGAAAUAAAAGCAUUUUCAUUCCAAAUGUGUCAGGAGUUUCUGACAAACUAAGGAGAAUUUUCUCAAAAUACAACAUACCAGUAUAUUGCAAACUUGAUACCGCUCUCAGAAAAAAUUUACCAGUGUGUUCUGUCAUGCCAAAGACAGAACACCCAAAACAACAGCUGAGAGGCAUUGGGUAUGUGGUGUGAUGGAGCAAGGACUGUGCAAACUUCUUCUUUGGAGAAGCAAAACAACAACUACAUAAACGUGUGAAAAAUGUGCAAUGGCGCUUCUUAAAAUUAGUUUAAAAUACCCCAUUGGGGGUGCUGCACAAGUAAGAGGUUUUAAUUAUUUUAAACAUUGUCACUAUGAAUUAAAUCACAAUUUAAAUUGUCUCACUAAUGUUAGAGUAUGGAGUAAGAAAGCUAUCAAGAAGACAUGUGCUUGCUUUUAAGAAUUCAUAUUUGUAUGUCAAUAAAAAUAUUGUACAAAAGUUCAAAUACAAAA